UCAUUCACCAUGUUCUUCAAACUUUUCGUCUUCGCCGUCGUCCUGGCCUUUGCCGCUGCCUCAGCCAAGCCCGGCUUCCUCGCCGCCGCUCCGAUCGCCACCACCUACGCCGCCCCGGCUUUGGCCUACAGCAGCCCAGCGCUGGCCUACAGUGCCCCGGCUUACGGCUAUGGAUACGGCUUCCGAAGCUACGAUUUGGGAUACGGUUAUGCCCCAGCUUUCUACUAAUAAGUAGUCACUACAAAAUUAUUGACUAUUUCUACCAACGUCGAAGAAACAUGGAGCGUGAACCACCAACUAGACAAUCCGCAUUUAUACUACCUCGUCGUUUGAGUCAAUGUCGAAUGACCGUUUUGACUAAGUAUGUUCGCUGUAUCAACGUGGACUACGAUUUAAAACAACAACUAAGGACGUCAUUUUAACCAAUUGAUUUUUCACGUAUAAUAAAGAUCUCUACUUUUUUA